AUGUCGCGAUCGCGUAACUUACCAGUCUCUACCAGCAAUGUCCCAUGGCUGGUCGUUUUCCACGACAAGAACCAGACUUUCUAUUCAACGGGAACGGCAGAUCCCGACUGCAAGCGAACCCAUGUCCCUCGUCGUCGCCAGAUAGCUGAAUUUCCCGAGCGCAGCGAGAUCUUUGAGCACUCCCCGUUCGGCUGGUUAAUCUUUGCGCGUGUAAUUACGGCUCCAUUUAAGGCGACUCUCUUGACUUUGCUGAAUCCUGCCACGCUUGAGGUCAUUAAACUACCCAAACUGAAUGGCGCCGGCUUCUACAUCGCAGUAUUGACGCUGCCCCCAACCCAUCCCAACUGCAGAGUCAUAGUGUGUUAG